CCACAGAUUCACCUGGAAGGGAAUCGCCUGGUCCUCACCUGCCUCGCUGAAGGAAGCUGGCCUUUGGAAUUCAAAUGGAUGCACAAUGACCGUGAGCUCACCACCUACAGCAGCGAAUAUAAGUAUAUUAUUUCGUCGUUACAGACGUUUGAUGCUGGAUUUUACCAGUGUGUGGUGCGAAACAGAAUGGGAGCGCUGUUGCAAAGAAAAUCAGAAGUUCAAGUUGCAUAUAUGGGAAAUUUCAUGGACACAGACCAAAGGAAAACAGUUUCUCAAGGACAUGCAGCACUUCUAAACUUACUGCCUAUCAGCAGCUGCCCCAGACCUCAAGUGACUUGGUUUAGAGAAGGGCACAAGAUUAUUCCAAGCAACAGAAUAGCUAUCACUCUGGAGAAUCAUCUGGUGGUCCUUGCAACAACAGCAAGUGAUGCUGGAGCUUACUAUGUGCAGGCUGUCAAUGAGAGGAAUGGAGAGAACAAGACGAGCCCAUUCAUUCAUCUGAGCAUAAGAAGAGAUAUUGGAACACCUGAAGCAAUGGCCCCCAUCAUUGUGGUUGCCCCAGGCAAUAGGAGUGUGGUAGCUGGAUCCAGUGAGACCACCUUGGAGUGCAUUGCCAGUGCCAGACCUGUGGAAGAGCUGACUGUGCACUGGAAGAGAAAUGGUGUGAGACUGACCAGCGGGCUCCACAGCUUCGGGAGACGCCUCACCAUCUCCAACCCAACCUCCGCAGACACAGGGCUAUAUGUCUGUGAGGCGACACUACAGGGGAGUGCUUUUGAGCCAGCCAGGGCCAAGGCCUUCCUUUCCAUCAUAGAGCCACCGUAUUUUACUGCUGAGCCUGAGAGUCGGAUUCUAGGUGAAGUGGAAGAGACAGUGGAAAUCGCAUGUCGAGCCAUGGGGGUCCCACUCCCCACCCUCCAGUGGUACAAGGAUGCUGUCUCCAUCAACAAGCUCCAGAACCCUCGGUACCAAGUGACGCCCAGUGGGGGCCUGCGCAUCCAGAAGCUGCGUCCAGAGGACUCUGGAAUCUUCCAGUGCUUUGCCAGUAAUGAAGGAGGGGAGGUCCAGACCCACACCUACCUAGAUGUCACCAAUGUUGCCCCAACGUUUACCGAGCUUCCAGCUGACACCACAGUGACUGAUGGGAUGACAGCUGUCCUACGGUGUGAGGUGUCUGGGGCUCCCAAGCCUGCCAUCACAUGGAAGAGAGGAAACCACAUUUUGGCCAGUGGCUCUGUCCAGAUUCCUAGGUUCAUGCUGCUGGAAUCAGGUGGUCUGCAGAUAACCCCUGUGUUCAUCCAGGAUGCUGGCAACUACACCUGCUAUGCAGUCAACACGGAGGGGUCCCUGAACGCGUCUGCAGCACUCACCGUGUGGAAUCGAACCUCCAUUGUUCAGCCCCCUGAGGACCGUGUGGUGAUUAAGGGGACCACAGCCACCCUGCGCUGCGGAGCCACUCAUGACCCCCGGAUUUCUCUCCGCUACAUGUGGAAGAAGGACAACACAGUCAUCACCCCAUCUAGCAGCUCUAGAAUUGUGGUGGAGAAGGACGGGUCCCUGCUCAUCAGCCAGACAUGGUCUGGCGAUAUCGGAGACUACACCUGUGAAAUCAUAUCUGAGGGAGGGAACGAUUCCAGGACGGCCCGGCUUGAAGUGAUUGAACUGCCCCACCCACCUCAGAACCUCCUGGCCAGCCUGAGCCCCUCACGAAGCCACGCCGUGGUGCUUUCCUGGGUCCGGCCCUUCGAUGGGAACAGCCCUGUUCUUCGCUACAUUGUGGAGCUGUCUGAAAACAACUCUCCCUGGAAGGUGCACUUGUCAGAUAUUGACCCUGAGGUGACAGACAUUACCGUGAGUGGCCUGACUCCAGCCCGCACCUAUCAGUUUCGAGUAUGCGCAGUGAAUCAAGUGGGCAAGGGUCAAUACAGUGCAGAGACGAGCAGGUUGAUGUUACCCGAAGAACCACCUAGUGCUCCCCCAAAAAACAUCGUGGCCAGUGGGCGUACCAACCAGUCCAUUAUGGUGCAGUGGCAGCCUCCCCCAGAAACAGAGCACAAUGGGGUGCUGCAUGGGUACAUUCUCAGGUACCGCCUAGCUGGCCUGCCUAGUGAGCAUCAGCAGAGGAACAUCACCAGCCCAGAAGUGAACUACUGCCUGGUGACAGACCUGAUCAUCUGGACACAGUAUGAAAUCCAGGUGGCUGCGUACAAUGGGGCUGGCCUGGGAGUCUUCAGCAGGGCCGUGGCCGAGUACACCCUACAAGGAGUGCCCACUGCGCCCCCGCAGAAUGUGCAGGCAGAAGCUGUGAACUCCACCACUGUGCAGUUCCUGUGGAACCCGCCACCGCAGCAGUUCGUCAACGGGAUCAACCAGGGAUAUAAGCUUCUGGCAUGGCCAUCAGAUGUCCCUGAGGCAGUCACUGUAGUCACCAUCGCCCCAGACUUCCACGGAAUCCACCAUGGGUACAUCACAAACCUGAAGAAGUUCACCGCUUAUUUCACAUCUGUCCUAUGCUUCACCACGCCGGGGGAUGGGCCCCCCAGCACACCGCAGCUCGUGUGGACCCACGAGGACAAACCAGGAGCUGUGGGCCACCUGAGCUUCACAGAGAUUCUGGACACAUCUCUCAAGGUCAGCUGGCAGGAGCCCCUGGAGAAGAACGGCAUCCUCACAGGCUACCGGAUUUCCUGGGAGGUGUAUGGGAAGAAUGAUUCUCGGCUCACACACACCCUUAACAGUAUGACCCAUGAAUACAAAAUCCGAGGUCUGUCAUCCCUCACCACCUACACCAUCGAGGUGGCUGCAGUGACAGCUGCGGGCGUGGGCCUGGCCACCUCAUCCACCAUCUCUUCUGGAGUGCCCCCAGACCUUCCUGGUGCCCCAUCCAACCUGGUCAUUUCCAACAUCAGCCCUCGUUCCGCCACACUUCAGUUCCGACCAGGCUACAAUGGGAAGACAUCCAUCUCCAGGUGGAUUGUGGAGGGGCAGGUUGGCGCCAUCGGCGAUGAGGAGGAGUGGGUCUGCCUCUACGAGGAAGAGAAUGAGCCUGAUGCCCAGACUCUGGAAAUCCCAAAUCUCACGCCCUACACCCACUACAGAUUUCGAAUGCGGCAAGUAAACAUCGUUGGUUCCAGCCCUUUCAGCCCGUCAUCCCGGGUCAUCCAGACCCUGCAGGCCCCACCUGACGUGGCUCCCACCAGCAUCACAGUACGGACAGCCAGUGAGACCAGCCUGCUUCUGCGUUGGGUGCCCCUGCCCGAUUCCCAGUACAAUGGGAACCCAGAGUCCGUGGGUUAUCGGGUGAAGUACUGGCGCUCAGACCUCCCGUUCACGGCACUGGCCCAAGUCGUCAACGACCGGCUGGAGAGGGAGCUCACCAUCGAGGAGCUGGAAGAGUGGACGGAGUACGAGCUGCAGAUGCAGGCCUUCAAUGCCAUCGGGGCCGGGCCCUGGAGCGAGGUGGUGCGUGGCCGGACACGAGAGUCAGUUCCUUCAGCCGCCCCUGAAAAUGUAUCCGCAGAGGCUGUCAGCUCCACCCAGAUUUUAUUGACAUGGGCAUCCGUCCCUGAGCAGGACCAGAAUGGGCUCAUCCUGGGCUAUAAGAUCCUGUACCGGGCCAAAGAUCUGGAUCCUGAGCCCAGAACUCACAUCGUGAGAGGGAACCACACACAGUCCGCACUGCUGGCCGGCCUGCGCAAGUUUGUGCUGUACGAGCUCCAGGUGCUGGCAUUCACCCGCAUUGGAAAUGGGGUCUCCAGCUCACCCGUCAUCCUUGAGCGCACCAAAGAUGAUGCCCCAGGCCCCCCAGUGAGGCUGGUUUUCCCCGAAGUACGGCUCACCUCGGUGCGGAUCGUGUGGCAGCCCCCAGAGGAGCCCAAUGGAGUGAUUCUGGGGUACCAGAUUGCCUACCGCCUGGCCAGCAGUCGCCCCCACACUUUCACCACUGUGGAGGUCGGCGCCACUGUGCGACAGUUCACAGCCACCGAUCUGGCCCCAGAGUCUGCAUACAUCUUCAGGCUCUCCGCCAAAACCAGGCAGGGCUGGGGGGAGCCGCUGGAGGCCACGGUCAUCACCACUGAGAAGAGAGAGCGGCCGGCACCCCCCAGAGAGCUCCAGGUGCCCCAGGUGGAAGUGACUGCACGCAGCCUCCAGCUCCAGUGGGUCCCAGGCAGUGACGGAGCCUCCCCAAUCCGGUACUUCACCGUGCAGGUCCGAGAGCUGCCUGGGGGCGAGUGGCAGACCUACUCCUCAUCCAUCAGCCACGAGGCCACAGCCUGCGCCGUGGAGAGGUUGAGGCCCUUCACCUCCUACAAGCUGCGCCUGAAAGCCACCAAUGACAUUGGGGACAGCGACUUCAGUUCAGAGACUGAGGCAGUCACGACGCUGCAGGAUGUUCCAGGAGAGCCUCCAGGGUCAGUCUCUGCUACACCGCAUACCACUUCCUCCGUGCUGAUCCAGUGGCAGCCUCCGAGGGACGAGAGCCUGAACGGGCUUCUUCAGGGAUACCGGAUCUACUACCGGGAGCUAGAAUCUGAAGUAGGUGCCAGCCCCGAGGCCAAGACACUCAAAAGCCCUUCUGCACUGCGAGCUGAGCUCACAGCCCAAAGCAGCUUCAAGACCGUGAACAGCAGCUCCAGGUUAACAACAUAUGAAUUAACACAUCUGAAGAAGUACAGGCGCUAUGAAGUGAUCAUGACCGCCUACAACAUCAUCGGCGAGAGCCCCGCUAGUGUGCCCGUGGAAGUCUUUGUCGGCGAGGCUGCUCCAGCGAUGGCCCCACAGAACAUCCAGGUGACCCCACUGACAGCCAGCCAGCUGGAGGUCACAUGGGACCCACCACCUCCAGAGAGCCAGAAUGGGAACAUCCAGGGCUACAAGAUCUACUACUGGGAGGCAGGCAGCCAGAACGAAACAGAGAAGAUGAAGGUCCUCUUCCUCCCAGAGCCUGCGGUGAAGCUUAAGAACCUGACCAGCCACACCAAAUACCUGGUCAGCAUAUCUGCCUUCAACGCUGCUGGAGACGGGCCCAAAAGUGACCCCCGGCAGGGACGCACCCACCAGGCUGCUCCUGGGGCCCCCAGUUUCCUGGCGUUCUCCGAAAUCACCUCCACCACACUGAAUGUGUCCUGGGGGGAGCCAGUGGCGGCCAAUGGCAUCCUGCAGGGCUACCGAGUGGUCUAUGAGCCCUUGGCGCCUGUCCAAGGUGUGAGCAAGGUGGUGACAGUAGACGUGAAAGGGAAUCGGCAGCGCUGGCUGAAGGUGCGUGACCUCACCAAGGGAGUGACCUACUUCUUCCGUGUCCAAGCGCGGACCAUUGCCUACGGGCCUGAGCGCCAAGCCAAUGUCACAGCCGGGCCAGCCGAGGGGUCGCCAGGUUCCCCUAGAGAUGUCUCAGUCACCAAAUCUGCCUCGGACCUGACCCUGCAGUGGAUGGAGGGCAGUGCUGGCAGCACGCCCACCACGGGCUUCGUCAUAGAGGCCAGGCCUUCAGAUGAAGGCUUGUGGGACAUGUUUGUGAAGGACAUUCCCCGGAGCUCCACAUCCUACACCGUCAGCCUGGACAAGCUUCGGCAAGGAGUGACAUACGAGUUCCGGGUGGUGGCCAUCAACAAGGCGGGGUAUGGGGAGCCCAGCAGGCCCUCCCCAGCAGUGUCAGCCAAAGUGGAAGCCCCGUUCUACGAGGAGUGGUGGUUCCUGCUGGUGAUGGCGCUCUCAAGCCUGAUCAUCAUCCUGCUGGUGGUGUUUGCACUGGUCCUGCAUGGGCAAAACAAGAAGUACAAGAGCUGUGGUGCAGGUAAGAGCAUCUCCAACAUGGAGGAGUCUGUGACCCUGGAUAAUGGAGGAUUUGCUGCCCUGGAGCUCAACAGCCGCCACCUCAAUGUCAAGAGCACCUUCCUGAAGAAGAAUGGGACCAGGUCCCCACCCCGGCCAAGCCCCGGUGGUCUGCGAUACUCCGAUGAGGACAUCUGCAACAAGUACAAUGGUGCUGUGCUCACCGAGAGCAUGAGCCUCAAGGAGAAAUCAGAGGGCGCGUCAGAAUCUGAGGCCUCGGACUCGGACUAUGAGGACACGCUGCCCAAACACUCCUUUGUCAACCACUACAUGAGCGACCCCACCUACUACAACUCCUGGAAGCGGAGGCCCCCGGCCGCGGCACCGCUCAGGUACGAGGCGGUAGCAGGGGCCGAGACAGGUCAGCACCCACCCCCGGUCAUCACCACUCAGAGCGCGGGUGGCGUCUACACCCCGGCAGGCCCCGGCACCCGCACCCCCCUCACCGGCUUCUCCUCCUUCGUGUGACAUCAUGCCGUGCCGAGGCCGGGCAGAUGGAUGCGGACCUUCCUGAAUCUAUUUUUGUUAAGAAAACCAACUCCAGGAACUGAGCUGAGGUUUUGUUAAAAAAAAAAAAUUCUGAUAUAAAAUUUUACCUACUUGUGAACACUAGGUUUCAGUUAGGAAGGUUUUGUUUUGUUUUGGUUUGGUUUUAAUGGCUUUUUGUAACACCACUACAGAAAGCAGGGCUCUAUGUUUUCUUUUCUUUUUAAGAGAAGGUUUGUCCCUGGUGCAGUGGCUCAGCAGCGCCCAGCCCUGGGCUUCUCAUCCUCCAAGCCAGCAGAGGUGACAAGGGACAGGAGGUGGGGUCCUCGGAAUGGAGUCCUGGGCCUGCUCCAUCUCUACCUCCUCUUCUGAGAACCAGCUCUGUCCUCGGACAACUUGGGCUCCUGGCUGCUGGCUCACUUGCUCAUGGGGUAUAGUGAGCAGGCGCUUUGACCUGGGCUCAGCUCAACUUUGUGACCCAACUCAGUUCCUAAAUGUUCUCACCCAGCAGUUUCUAGGCAAGGAAUCAGCUUUAAGGGGUGGGGGGUGGUGAGCAACUGGAAGGUGGUGUCCUCUACCCUGCCCAGGCUCCGCUUGGCUUCUGUCAUUCAGGUGGUGAAAUAUUCAGGGCUUUCCUUUCUUCCCUUCUUUCUUUCAAGUUGACCGAGCAGGAACAGGACCCCACACACACACACCUCACUCCCGGGCCAGCCAGGUCCUUCAGUGAACUUCCCAUGACACAGCACACGGCCCACCCCACUGACAGAGAAGUGAGCCAGUGUUCACAGAGUUGCUUGUUAUGUAGGAAGUGUGCAUUGUUAACCAGAGUAUUUUUUAAAUCUUUUUAUCUUUUUUUAAACUAUGUCACAUGAAAUGAAUGCGUCUUUGCUGUCUCCAGGUGCCUUUUUAUUAAUUGUUCAGCUUUGUACGUGGGAAAAACGAGAAGCAACCGUGUCUCCAAAUAAAGCAAAACAACUCUGAGACCCAGCCCUGUGUCACCUCGUGCACCCUGGGCCACCUGUGCACCUGGGGAGACGGUCCUUCCGUUUGUCCCCUUGCUCUUGCCGGCUGCCCCUGCUUCUGACUAGCAGUGCUGCUGCUCCCACCCUAAUCCAAGGCCAGCUUGUAGCCUUAACAGGUUUUCUGGGAACAGUUUUUCUUUAAUUGUCGCUGUUUUAAUUUUUUUAGCUAACUGAAAAUAGUGCAGACUGCUUUGGAAUACUUAAGAGUUCAGACCCCAGCAGUGCCUCUGGCCUUUGCCAUUAUUUUUGUGACAGAUGGCUGAGUCAGCUCCUCAGCCAGAGCCCAGGUGUGGAUGGAAGUGAGCAGAGACUGCUGGUACCAGGCGGCACGAGCACCCCACCUCCCACCUGUCUGUGACACGUGACGCUGGAGACCCUCUGUCAGUACCCAGAGCACAGCAGGGUGAGGUGGGCACUGUCCUCCCAGGGACCUCAGUGUCCUGAGGGUGGGGACUUGCUAGGCCAUCGCCUAGCUGGUGCCCGCAGGAGGCCAGUUCCACGGCCUCGCGUGGGCCACGGAGUGGAUAUUGUCUCGGUUCCUUGCUCUCAGAGUUCCCGGGAGUGGCCCCAGGAGACCAAGCAAAGGUUGAUGUGAGGCGAAAACCCUUUCCAGCUUCUCCAAAAUCGAAGGUGUAAAGAGUCCUCUCUCCCUUCUUCCUUCUGCCCUCCCUGUCUUCCUUCGUUUUCUGAAUGGAAGGGGAAAUAUUCUAAACCAAAAAUCCUAGAUGUUCUGCCCAAAGCCACUUCCACAUGAGAAUCACCAUCCACAGUCCACAGGGGAUGAGGGGACAGCUUUGGUGGACAAAGCUGCCUCCUCCCUGUCACCCCAAAGAGCCGGGGAGUGGACAGGAGACCACAGCGCAGCCACGUGCGCUUCAGGAAAAAAAGGCUCCGCAGAGGUCUGGGCCACCACCGUGCACUUUUGCUCUUAAGCCAUAAGGAAAUUGCUUUAAUGAAUGGGACAGCCCAGCAUGCCUUGGCCUGAGGUAUGAUUUGGCUCUUGGUUUCUCAUGACAACAAUGUGGCCCUUUUUUUCAGACUCAUAUUCCCUGUGCUCUCAGUAAACUUUUUGUCACACACAGUGGUCUUUUGAAGCUGGCCCCGUGGCUGCUGACAGACAGUUGUCACUGGCUGCAGUCCAGCCUGUCACGCUGAGAAACUCUGUCCCAAAUAAGUCACCUGUAUCCAAGGAGCAUGGCCAGAGCCUCCAGUUAGCUUUCUGCCCUUGGAGCAGAGUGGGCACUGAGGUCUGCUCAGCCCUCACCUCCUGCCUCUAGGAGAAUAAGGAUGUGGACACUGGCUUGGAACCGCUGUUCUGACCACAGGACAAGUAACAGUUCCAUAAUUGAGGUGAGCUGUGGGUGUUCUUGCUGUCUGUUUGUAGAGCUGAAAGCUAGCCCUGCAGGAGCUUUGGAACCAGCAGCCGUCAUCUCCCCAUGGAAGCUGCACCGUGCCUAAGGUCUUGCUCGAUCUCUCCUGGUGUGAAGCAUGUGCUGGUGUUGCAUCGCAGUGUGGAGCAUGGUUUUUCGUUUUACAUGUUUUGGGCACACAACACAGCUGUCCCCGAUGCACAGCUGUCCACGCACCCGGCAGGGGCACCUUCCGCUCUCGGAACCUACAAGGUCCAGGCAGAGGCAAGAACCGCAUGAAAUGCAGUGAGGUACUCAUCUGCACUCAGUGCCACCUUCCCAUUUAGAGAGCUCAGGGCAGGCCCGGAUUUCCCCUGUAAUAUUGUCUGAAAUUGUGCAGAAAACCAGAUCUCAUUUUAAAAGAAAGGGGGGGGGAACACAAUUCAACAACUUGUAGGAAGGCAGAGGUGCUAUGGUACAAUUUUUAAUAA